GUGUCACUGAAGUUCAAUAUGUAGUUGUAUUUACAAAAACAACGAACCGGGUCCUGCGAUCCUUUAAUUUAAAUUGAAUUUGUAACUGUUUCAACGGUUCAACCAGAAGAUUUAUAAAGUAGCCGCAGUUCGGGAUCUUGAUAUAAUUGGUUAGCCAUCUGUGUAAAACGGACGCCGAUAUUGCCUCCAGUCUCCUGCAUUUCACUAGUCUUUGUUUGGUGUUAUAUUUUCAGAGCCAUGGAAGUCGAAACCAAAUCCACUGAGAUCCGCUGUCAAGAGAUGUCGAAGGGAGGACUGGCGUACGAGGUGAUCCUCGCUGAGCCGGUGGGCGUGCCCGUGCCGCGCCGCGCGGAUUCGCCCGAGAAGACGCCUUCGGUCGAGGAGAUACAGGAGAAGCUGAAGGCUGCUGAAGAGAGGAGACGUAGUUUGGAAGCCAGCAAGAUGGCUGCUAUCGCUCAAAAAAUGCAGAAAAUCGAAGAUGCGUCGCGAAUCCGCAGCGAACAGACGAACAACUUCAUCGUCGCCACAAAGGAAGCGCUGGACGCCAAGAUGGACUCCCACGAGGAGAAACGCGAGGCUUACAUCAACGAACUGCGUGCGCGUCUCAAGGAUCAUCUCGAAGGAGUCGAAAAGACCAGGUUGACCUUGGAGCAACAGACGGCUGAGGUGUACAAGGCUAUCGAGGACAAGAUGAACACCGCGGCCGACAAGCGAGACGAGAAUAUCAAGAAGAUGCUGGAACGGCUCCGGGAACAUGAGGAGCAGGUUCGCAAGGUGCGGGCGGGCAACCAGGAACGUUUCCAGCAGUUGGAGAGCGCUAUACAGGACAAGCUGCAGCAGGCCGCCGACCGCCGCUUACAGAUCGAGGCGGAACAGAGGGAGAAACUCCGCAACCAUAACAAUAAGCCGGCGGAGGUGCGCUCCGUCAUCACCGCCAAGAUGGACGAGAUCUCCAAGGACAUCGAGACCAAGCUCACCGCCGCCGAGCAGAACAGAGAGAAAGAGAUACAGAAGAAACUAGACUUCGUCAAGAAGGAGGAGCGACGUGCGGAGCUGGUGCGGCAGAACAAGUCCGCGCGCGCCGAGAGUGAGGCGCCCACCUCCGGCUAGACGCCCGAAGCCCGCCGGCCGCCGCCCGCCCACGCCGCCCACGACGCCCACCGCCGGCGGACGGCGGCCCCGCGAGGUCGCCGGACACCCGGUGUCCCGCCAGCGAUCGUUCCACACCGUUUCCCUCGCGCUUUGAUAUUUCGACGUCUCCGGUCCCGAUGAUUUUGGAUUGUUUUCGCCCGUCACGGCCCACCGCGAACAGAUCGCCGGCCGGCCGCUGGCGUUUUUAUACGACUGAGGGAGGAGCGGAAGGUAGCAGGAGUCGACUCCUGAGGAUUAGUUAGUCGUAGUUCGAUAUCAUAAUUUUUAAAGUCGGUCAUGACGCCACAGUAUUUUAGUAUCGUAUGAACUAUAUUUAAGUUUCUCAUAGACCUUAGCGUCGCCUCUCCGUGUCCACGGCGCUAUACGUGUCGGAUGUGAUCAUGUAUCGUGUAAUAUUUUUUCGAUAUGUUUUUGGUGGGAGUGUUCGCGGGUCGAUCUGUUCCUGCGGGAGCAUCACACCUAGUGCUGGAAUCGAUAGCGCCGCCUCCCGUCCGCUGAGGGAUGUGAGCAUAACCGACGUAGGAUGACCUCGGAUCGCGCACAGAGUCGACGGUCCGCCAGCUCAAGUGCCUGAACGUCCGCCCGGCCGGGGACGGCGUCGCUCGUGUAGUACAGACACGGAACAGCCUUCGUAGCGUUUUAUACACAUAUAUAUAAAGUAGGGGGAGGCGCCGAGCGGACGGCGUGUGUCGGACACAAACUGCUUCUGUGAUGUUUCGCUCUAGUGAUAUCGAUUAUUCGUUUAGGCACAAAUUAUAUCGAUACCGUAAGUUACUGUAAGGAAGACGUCUCCGCCUGACCCGGGCCGUCCGCGGGCCGUCCGCGGGCCGUGCGCGGGCCGAGGCGGGGAGAGACGCGGGUUCGGACACGAAGGUUCCGAUGGUUCGUUGGAUUUCUGUUUCUUUUCCGGUCGGAUCUACGAUGAUUGUAUAUAUUAAGAGAUAUCUGCUUGGCGGGGCGAGCCGCUUGCUUCACUCCGGUCCGCUGCGUGAGUCCGCUUGUUUUGGGUGAGUCGCGAGCGCCUCUGACCAAUCGCCUGGGUGUCGUUUGCCUUUAGCCUCGCUCGCCGCCGACGUGUCGCUUGUGACCCCACUAACUCUAGACACCUGUUCGUGUUUGUUUUGAUGUACCUCACUCCCCUCUUCUGCGGUGUUCUGAUGUAUCAUUUCUACAUUCUACUAACGACGCGCUUCACUCGUGGAGGUGUACUUGUAUGAACAUGCUGUUUGAAGUGCAGGCAACUUUUGUAGUUUCAUUGUCGUAUUGAAUAAAGUCAUGAAUACUAAUUCA